UGUCACAGGCGCCCGACGCGCGCUGCAGGUGGCAACUUGGAGGUGCCGCCGCCGCCUCCGCUGCGGGAGGAGCCCGGGUCUGGCGGCCCCCUCCGGCCUCUGACAGCCCUUUCCCGCCGCCGAACCCGGGCCCGGGCCCGGGAGAACCCGGAGGGAAAAGCCGCUGCGCGAGGACCUGCGCCGCCCUACCCGUCUUGCGCCCUUGCGCUACUUUUUUUCUUCGAGGAAGGUUGUGCCUGGGCGCUGCGGGCGGGCUCCGGAAGGGGCUGGAGAGGAAGGCUUCGGGCGACCCAGACUCGGAAUCCAAGCCGGAGCAGGAGGCCGAGCCCCAGGAGGCAGCCGGGGCGCAGGGUCCUGUGGAGGCACCACAGGGGCCAGGGCCCGAGCCUAGUGGGGAGGAGCAGCACCAGGUCCUGGAACAGUUCGAGGCUGCGGCACACAGCACCCCAGUGAGGAAAGAGGUCACUGACAAGGAACGGGAGUUCGCUGCUGGGGCUGCAAAACAGCUCGAAUAUCAGCAAUUGGAAGACGAUAAACUUUCUCAGAAAUCAUCUAGCAGCAAACUAUCUCGAUCUCCAUUAAAGAUUGUCAAAAAGCCUAAAAGCAUGCAGUGCAAAGUGAUACUUCUGGAUGGAUCAGAAUAUACCUGUGAUGUGGAGAAACGCUCCAGAGGCCAGGUGCUGUUUGAUAAAGUAUGUGAACAUCUGAACUUACUAGAAAAGGACUAUUUUGGGCUUACGUAUCGAGAUGCUGAAAACCAGAAGAAUUGGCUGGACCCUGCUAAGGAAAUAAAAAAACAAAUUCGAAGUGGUGCUUGGCACUUUUCAUUUAAUGUGAAAUUUUACCCACCAGACCCUGCCCAGCUAUCUGAAGACAUCACCAGGUACUACCUCUGCCUACAACUGCGAGAUGACAUCGUGUCUGGAAGGCUGCCCUGCUCCUUUGUCACCCUGGCCCUGUUGGGCUCCUACACUGUCCAGUCCGAACUUGGAGACUAUGAUCCAGAUGAAUGUGGGAAUGAUUACAUUAGUGAGUUCCGCUUUGCACCAAACCACACAAAAGAACUGGAAGAUAAAGUGAUCGAGCUGCACAAGAGCCACAGAGGAAUGACGCCAGCAGAAGCAGAGAUGCAUUUCUUGGAAAAUGCCAAAAAACUGUCCAUGUAUGGGGUUGAUUUACAUCAUGCCAAGGAUUCUGAAGGAGUAGAAAUUAUGUUAGGAGUUUGUGCAAGUGGUCUGUUGAUAUAUCGUGACCGUCUGAGAAUCAACAGAUUUGCCUGGCCUAAGGUUCUCAAAAUUUCAUACAAACGGAACAACUUUUACAUUAAGAUCCGGCCAGGAGAGUUUGAACAAUUUGAAAGCACCAUUGGCUUUAAACUGCCAAACCAUCGAGCUGCCAAGCGUUUAUGGAAAGUAUGUGUUGAACAUCAUACAUUUUUCAGACUGUUGUUACCAGAAGCACCUCCAAAGAAAUUCCUUACCUUGGGCUCCAAGUUUCGAUAUAGUGGCAGGACACAAGCCCAAACAAGAAGAGCCAGUGCAUUGAUAGAUCGUCCCGCCCCCUACUUCGAACGCUCGUCCAGCAAACGCUAUACCAUGUCUCGCAGCUUGGAUGGAGCGUCAGUGAAUGAAAACCAUGAAAUAUACAUGAAGGAUUCUGUGUCUGCUGCAGAGGUUGGUACUGGCCAGUACGCCACAACAAAGGGUAUCUCUCAGACCAACUUGAUCACCACUGUGACUCCGGAGAAAAAGGCCGAGGAGGAGCGGGACGAGGAAGAGGACAGACGGAAAAAGGCGGAAGAAGCCACGCCGGUCGCGGCAGCACGGCACGAGGGAAAGUCACCUGGGCUUGGCACUGACUCAUGUCCCCCGUCCCCUCCAUCAGCCCAUCGUCCCCCUGCAUCCUCCCCAGAGCUCCGUAGGAGGUGUAAGGAGAAUGACUGUCACCCCCUGGGUUUGGAACCAGCCAAAGGCACCGUGCGUGUGCAUGGAGAGCCCACCUUGGACUCUGACCACAAAGGGAAGCCAUCCCUAGGGGACCAAGAUGUGGCUUUUAGCUACAAGCCACAGCCUGGCAAAGGGACCACCCUGUUUUCCUUCUCCUUGCAGCUCCCGGAGUCCUUCCCUUCUCUUCUAGAUGAUGAUGGGUACCUCUCUUUCCCCAACCUGUCGGAAACCAACCUCCUCCCCCAGAGCCUGCAGCAUUAUCUCCCGAUUCGCUCACCCUCCCUUGUGCCCUGUUUCCUCUUCAUCUUUUUCUUUCUGCUCUCCGCCUCCUUCUCAGUGCCAUAUGCCCUCACUCUCUCCUUCCCUCUGGCUAUGUGCCUCUGCUACCUGGAGCCCAAGGCGGCCUCCUUGAGUGCCUCACUAGACAAUGACCCGAGUGACAGUUCAGAGGAAGAGACCGACAGUGAGCGCACGGACACCGCGGCCGACGGGGAAACCACUGCUACUGAGUCGGACCAGGAGGAAGAUGCAGAGCUCAAGGCACAGAAUAGUCUGAUUAAGCGAAUAAAGGGUGAAAAUGUGUAUGUCAAACAUAGUAAUCUUAUGUUAGAGGAGCUAGAUAAAACUCAAGAUGACCUGAUGAAACACCAAACCAAUAUUAGUGAGCUGAAAAGAACCUUUUUAGAAACCUCCACAGACACUGCCAUCACGAAUGAAUGGGAAAAGAGGCUUUCUACUUCCCCAGUGCGACUAGCCGCCAGGCAGGAGGACGCGCCCAUGAUCGAACCACUUGUACCUGAAGAGACCAAUGAAGAAAGAGAAAUUUCUGAAAAAGUUAUAUUUUUGCAGCAAGGAAGCUCUCCAUUCCUUGAGUCUCAGCCGAGUCUGAUAAAGAAAAUGCAGGAAGGAGAUUCUGCGGCCUCUGUGGUUACCUCUCAUCAAAUCAUUUUCCAGAAAACUGUCCCAUCGACCUUAGAGGGCACAGAGGAUUGGGUUAUUGUAGACAAAGUACCCACUGAGGUAGUUGAUGGUGAUUCGAAAAAGAUUGUGACUUACAAGGUCGUGACGGUGAGCAGUAGAACCGGUGACAUCCCCGCCGAUCUGUUAAGAUCCGGUGCCAUUGAAAUGCAGAGCUUCGAUGACUGGGCCCGGGAAAUGCAGUUGAGAGGAGAAAGCAAACAGAAAAUAUACACUCUAGGAAAGUCCUACGACACCGUAUCGGGAAAGAUCGUUACCAUGACUGGGAAAGCCAAGGAGGGGGAGAAGGGGGUGCCGCCCUGCAGUCCAGAAGCCUUCCAGAACGCAGAGAGAGGCUUGGCGGAGCCCAUGAAAGCCUUUCCACCCACGGCCGAUUUCGAGGUCCUGGACGCCGCCCCUGAUGAGAAGCCCAAAAGAGCACCCGAGGUCCACACCCCCAAACGGAAACUGUCCGAAUCCCUGGCUCCCAUCAGGGAAGCCGAGUCCCGGCGGCCCAGCCCUGAGGAAGAAGAAGAUGUGCAGAAAGCCCCAGGGUCGGGCCGGGCCACGGGGCCCCUCGCGGGCCUGGACAGCACGCGUCUCGCCAGGAUGGAGCCAGCGGAGGGCGAGGUCUUGAAAGUGGGGCUCUUUGGUCCCAGGAGGAAGAGCCUGUCCGAGUGGAGAUACUCCCAGGAACCGGCUGUCACCGUGGCCACUGCUCAUUACGUUACCGAGUCGGCCACGUCCCGAGUUGUGACUAAACAGUCGUCUUCUGAAAAGCUCAUGGAUGGCUCUGAAAUCUUCAGUUUGUUAGAAUCUGCAAGGAAACCAACAGAAUUCAUAGGAGGGGUUACUUCUACUUCUCAAAGCUGGGUUCAGAAAACAGAAACCAAGACGGAGUCCAGCAAGACGGAGACAGAAACAAGCCAUUUAGCACCGAGCCCCCAGCCACUUAGCACCGAGAAGGUUGUGCAGGAAACCGUGCUGGUGGAGGAAAGACAUGUGAUGAGUGUGCAUGCGAGUGGGGAUGCUUCUUACGUGGCUGGAGAUGACAUGGAUGCUGCGACACAGGCAGCAUCUGCUGAUGCUUCUGGCUUGAAAGGGAAGGAGGGCUCUGCUCUGCCGGAGGGGGCUAAGGAGGAGAAGGGGCAGGUGGCCGAUAAAGCUGUCCUCGAACAGGAAGAGACAGCUGCUGCUUCCCACGAGCCAGAGGAGGAGCAGAGCACAACAACCCACGUUCCUGAAACUCGGGAACAGAAACCUCAUUUUGAGUCAUCAACUGUGAAGACAGAGAGCCUCAGUUUUGGCAGUGUUUCACCAGGAGGAGUAAAGCUAGAAAUCUCUACCAAGGAAGUGCCGGUAGUUCACACAGAAACAAAAACGAUAACGUAUGAAUCGUCACAGGUUGAUGCUGGUGCAGAUUUGGAACCGGGCGUGCUAAUGAGCGCGCAGACAAUCACGUCUGAAACCACCAGUACCACGACCACCACCCACAUCACCAAAACUGUGAAAGGAGGCAUCUCCGAGACGAGAAUUGAGAAGCGGAUAGUCAUCACAGGAGAUGCGGACAUCGACCAUGACCAGGCGCUGGCUCAGGCAAUUAAAGAGGCCAAAGAGCAGCACCCUGACAUGUCAGUGACCAAAGUAGUGGUCCAUAAAGAGACAGAGAUCACACCGGAAGAUGGAGAGGAUUGACCCCAGGAAUAAUUUAGCCUGCACAUGAAUCCAGUCAUGCAAACCAUUAGGAAAACCAGAGCCUAUAUGGAGUUCCCUCUUCUAACCCAACUGACUUGUAUCUAUCUGCCCAUGGAAAAUUUCAAUCCAGAAGAACUGACCUUGACCAUUAAUAAAGACACUGGCAGAAAGAUCUUCCCAUAAUAAAACAAUCCGAAUCAGCAUCACGAAACUGAUAUUGCAUGAAGCAACGAUAAAAUUACAAAAGAGUAGCAUUUUUAAUUUCCACCAAGUGUCUAAGUUUUCAGCUAUAUCUGCACGUUCAUAACCAACAAUAUAAACCGUGAUCUCAUGUAACACAUAAACAAUUCAUGCCUUUCAUAGUUUAUUAUUAAAGUCUAAACAAAACCACAAUUUCUUAGGUGACAGAUCUUUUGUUUACAGACAAAUGAAGAUUACCCUAAAAUGCUAGAAGCUGUCUAGGUCCGAUGUGUCAGGUUUAUCCCAGAUUAGAUGUGCCAAUAACCCAAGUUUAUUCAGUAAACAACUUGAAUCUUGUACUUGUUUCACCUGGUUUUAUUACUCUCACUCGUAAACAGCAACGACUCUCGAUUUCUCUGGAAAUAUUUAAUGCUUACAAUCCUGCUUUGUGUAUCUAAUUUAAUUCGUUAUAAGGUAGUACUGAUUUUAGCAUAUUAAUGUGAUUUCUUCCUUGUUCGCUUUGGUCCGCGUCCAACCUGGAAAGCUUCCAAGAGUUCCCUAACAAGUCCUAAAUAUGUAAAUUGUCAUUAUUUGGGGGAAGAAACCUGUUUUUGUUAGCUUACAAUAUUAUGAAAUUUCACUCCAGAAAAAUCUGUUGGGCUUCUGUUGCUUUGUUUUCUUUCUUCUUUUCUUUUUCCUUGUGUUUUUAAGUUGAUUUUUCUUCUUUUACUUGAAAAAAAAAGUGUUUUAUUUUGAAUCUGGUCCAUAUUUACAAUCUAGUUAAGAGCCAAGCCUUAAAUUGUACAGAAUUUCCACUGUAAUUAAACUAUUUAGUGUUUAGUUAUAAAUAGCCUUCAAAAAGAUAUAUUCUCCAUUACACUGUCAACUGCAUCACACAGCCCAUGGUGAAUGUAUGUUUCUGCAUAGCGAAAUAAAAAUGGUAAAUGCAUUUAAAACUCUAA